CUGCGGCCCCCCCUGGCCCCAGCCCCGGGGGGGAGCCCGGGCCCCGCCCGGCCCAGCCAUGCCGGCCGGCAGCAACGAGCCCCCGGGGACCCUUAGCUACCAGAGACAUGAUGAGGAGGCUGUGAUUGACCGAGGAAGAACGAGCAAUGUUGUCAAUAUUCACUAUGAAAAGGAGGAGUUGGAAGGCCACCGGACCCUGUAUGUGGGUGUGCGGAUGCCACUGGCGAGGCAGAGCCACCGGCAUCACCGACCCCACGGCCAGAGGCAUCGGAAACGGGACCGGGAGAAGGACUCUGCUCUGAUGGGACAGGGCUACCACUACACUCCAUCCCAGAGGGUGCAGUUUAUCCUUGGCAGUGAGGAGGAUGAGCAGCACGUUCCCCAUGACUUGUUCACUGAGCUGGACGAGAUCUGCGUGAAAGGGGACGAAGGUGCUGAGUGGAAGGAAACAGCAAGGUGGCUGAAGUUUGAGGAGGAUGUGGAAGACGGUGGCGAGCGCUGGAGCAAGCCCUACGUGGCCACACUGUCCCUGCACAGCCUCUUUGAGCUGAGAAGCCACAUCACCAAUGGCACGGUGCUGCUGGACCUUUGUGCCAACAGCAUUGAAGAGACUGCAGACAUGAUCCUGAGCCAGCAAGAAGAGUCUGUGGAGUUUGAUGAGCAGAUGCGGGCGAAAGUUCGGGAAGUGCUUUUGAAGAAGCAUCACCACCAGAAUGAGAAGAAGAGAAACAACCUUCUCCCCAUCGUCCGCUCGUUUGCUGACAUGAGCAAAAAGCAGACAGACCUGCACCACCUUGACAAGCCAGCCCAAACACUCACCCCUCAUCCUUCUCCCACCAUGGCAGAAGCUAAAAAUGGACUUAACCAUGAGACUGGUGCAAUGGAUUUAAGCAAGGCGGAGCUGCACUUCAUGAAGAAAAUUCCCACUGGGGCUGAAGCAUCCAACGUGCUCGUAGGAGAGCUGGAUUUCCUUCACCAGCCCAUCACGGCCUUUGUCCGCCUGACCCCAGCUGUCCUUCUCUCAGGCAUGACAGAAGUUCCCAUCCCAACAAGGUUCCUGUUUGUCUUGCUUGGACCAGGAGGAAAAGCCCAUCAGUACCAUGAGAUCGGCCGGGCCAUGGCUACUCUUAUGACAGAUGAGGUUUUCCAUGACGUUGCCUAUAAAGCCAAGAACCGGGCUGACCUCGUGGCUGGCAUUGAUGAAUUCCUGGAUCAGGUCACAGUCUUGCCUCCAGGAGAGUGGGAUCCAUCGAUCCGAAUUGAGCCCCCCAAAAACGUCCCCUCCCAGGAGAGAAGGAAGAUGCCAGGAGCUCUUGAGGAGGGAGCUUCUCACAGCAAGCCUGAGAAGCACAGGGGGCCUGAACUGGAGCAGACGGGAAGGCUCUUUGGAGGCUUGAUCCUGGAUGUGAAGAGGAAAGCCCCAUGGUUCUGGAGCGACUUUCAGGAUGGUCUGAGCCUGCAGUGUCUGGCCUCCUUUCUCUUCCUCUACUGUGCCUGCAUGUCCCCUGUCAUCACCUUUGGGGGACUGCUGGGGGAGGCAACCAAUGGCCACAUAAGUGCCAUGGAGUCACUGCUGGGCGCAUCCAUGACUGGUGUGGUCUUCUCCCUCUUUGCCGGGCAACCUCUCACCAUCCUGGGCAGCACUGGACCCAUCCUUGUGUUUGAGAAGAUCCUGUACAAAUUCUGCAAGGACUACACACUCUCCUAUCUCUCUCUGCGAACAUGCAUUGGGCUCUGGACAGCCUUCUUCUGCGUGGUGCUGGUGGCCACUGAUGCCAGCUGCUUGGUGUGCUACAUCACCCGCUUCACUGAAGAAGCCUUUGCCUCCCUCAUCUGCAUCAUCUUCAUCUAUGAGGCUCUAGAGAAGCUGAUACACCUACGAGAGGUCUACCCUGUGCAAAUGCACAGCAAGCUUGACUUCCUCACCAUUUACUACUGUAAGUGUGAGGCCCCGACCCAUCCCAGCAACAAAACCCUGCAGUUCUGGGAGAGCAACAAGAUCAACGUGUCUGGCAUCACCUGGGGAAGCCUCACGGUGACUAAAUGCCGCUAUUUGCACGGAGAGUUUCACGGACCUGCCUGUGGACACAGCGGCCCCUACACACCUAAUGUCCUCUUGUGGUGCUGCAUCCUCUUCUUCUCCACCUUUGUCCUGUUGACCUUACUGAAGAAGUUUAAAACCAGCCGCUACUUCCCAACCAGAGUGCGGUCCACAGUAAGUGACUUUGGUGUUUUCCUCACCAUUGUCUUCAUGGUGCUCAUUGACUUCAUGGCUGGGAUCCCAUCACCAAAGCUCCAGGUCCCUCAUGUGUUCAAGCCUACCAGAGAUGACCGUGGGUGGCUCAUCAACCCCAUAGGACCCAACCCUUGGUGGACGGUACUGGCUGCACUCAUCCCAGCUUUGCUCUGCACCAUCUUGAUAUUCAUGGAUCAGCAGAUCACUGCUGUGAUUGUCAACAGAAACGAGCACAAGCUGAAGAAAGGAUGCGGGUACCAUCUGGACCUUUUUGUGGUGGCUGUGAUGCUGGGUGUGUGCUCCGUGAUGGGGCUGCCCUGGUUUGUGGCUGCAACUGUCCUGUCCAUCACCCACGUGAACAGCCUCAAAAUAGAGUCCAGCUGCUCAGCUCCAGGAGAGCAACCCAAGUUUUUGGGGAUACGAGAGCAGAGAGUCACUGGCUUGAUGAUCUUUGUGCUGAUGGGCUGCUCAGUCUUCUUCACUUCUGUGUUAAAGUUUAUCCCCAUGCCUGUGCUUUAUGGUGUCUUUCUCUACAUGGGUGUGUCAUCGCUCCGAGGAAUUCAGUUCUUUGAUCGCUUGAAGCUGUUUGGGAUGCCAGCAAAACACCAGCCAGACUUCAUCUACCUGCGGCACGUCCCCUUGCGAAAGGUGCAUUUCUUCACCUUGAUCCAGCUCAUCUGCCUUGUCCUGCUCUGGGCCAUCAAGGUGUCCCGUGCUGCCAUUGUCUUCCCCAUGAUGGUUUUGGCUCUUGUUUUUGUCCGGAAAUUGAUGGAUUUGUGCUUCUCGAAGAGAGAGCUCAGCUUUCUGGAUGACCUGAUGCCAGAAAGCAAGAAGAAGAAGCUGGAUGAUGCCAAAAAUGAAGCCAAAGAAAAAGAGGAGUCCCAAAAGAUGAUGGAAGCUGCUGCUGAACAUGCAGUUAAGCCGAAGCUGGGGAAGAGCAGUGAUGUGGAUACCCCAAAGCAAAGCAGUGACAGGGCUGAUCCCUCUGAGAUUAAUAUAUCAGAUGAAAUGGCAAAAACAACAGUGUGGAAGGCUCUCAAUAUGGCCACAGAAACACUCUGAAUCUGGGGAGCCAAAAGAUCAAGGAUUGCCUGUGACUGUGCCCGUGCUCCUCUGCCAGCGCCGGCGUGAGCCUGCGGUGUUCCCCUGCUCUGGCCGGCGGUGUCCCUGGGAACAGGCAGCAAGGACUGUGGGGAGCAAACCAGCUCCUCUGUGCCAGGCGGUGCCAAGGACAGGGCUGGAUCAACAGCAGCCAGCAGAUCUUCCACUGAUGGGCAUAUCCCUCCUUGUGUCUUUUUCCCCCGUUUUCACCUUCAGGAUUCUUGACUUGGAAGGAGAGGAGCAAGCAGGUGACUCAGGGAUGUGCCAACGCAGACACAGAGAGGGAGAAACAGCUUUUGUUGAGCUGUAGGAAAUCCUUGAGAUGUGUCCAGUUCCCUUGGUUUGCUCCAGGCAUCUCUAGAUCAGCACACUGAGGUGCAUGUUACAGGUGGUAGGAGAUGGAUAUUGUGAAGUCUCUGUGUGUCCAUCCGUGUGUUGUGGUUUUGUAGCAGCAGAGGGGCUGCUACUGCUUGAGCACUCAGUGAUGGUUUUUCAUGCUCUUAUCCCUCCU